UAGUCUACUGGUUCUCGUGACAAAUCACUGAUUAUGUUUUUAUCAUCAAAUUUCCAAGGAAAACCCAGAAAAAAACAAAAGGAAGAAACAUGGCAAUUAUUCCGCGCCAAAAAUUUUCAAACUUUGAUGUAUCCUUGCUUCUUUUUCUGUCGCAUUCUUGGAAUAUUUCCGUAUAAAAUCAACAUUUCUUUUGAUAACACGACUUUCGAAAUUUCAAAACCAUGCUACAUUCUGUCAAUUGUCACUAUCUCUGUUUGUAAUACAUUCACAUUGAUAAUGUUGUAUAUAUUCAUAUGGUGCAGAACAUGCUUUAUUGAACCAUUUUAUGUAAUAAAAUAUCCCGCAAUGCUUAUGAAUUGUUGCAUAUUUAUGUUUAGCAGUAUUCUAAUAACCACUACGUUCAUUCUAAAUGAUUCGCGAAUACGCUUGCUCCAGGCUAUAUUGAAGAUAUCUUCAAGAUUACCCUCGAAAUCGUAUCAGAAGUUAUCUAAAAUAAUCCAUGCUAAAGAUAUUAUCAGUUUUCUUUUAGCGUGGCUCAUAUUGAUAUAUAAUUUGGAUAUAAAUAACAUAAAUUACGUUCUAAUUUUUUCAUACGUAAUCUAUAUCUACCUAGUGACAUUUCAAAUAAAUAUGUUGUAUAUGAAUUGCGUUUGUAUAUUAAAGGAAUGUUUUAAGGAAAUCAAUGACAAUCUAGCCAACAUGCAAGAAUGCAUUGCGAAUAAUAAAUCUCAUGUUUCUGCACUAAUGUAUCAUAAACAGAAAACUCAAUUCCUAACCAUGAAACUCAAGGCUCUGCAAAAACAGCACCUGGAAAUCAGCGAUACAAUACACAUGCUAAACAUGAUCUUCAGUAUACAGCUUGUUGCUACAAUUGUCGUGACUUUUUCCGGUAUCACUUUCUGUUUGUAUUUCUACAUUCUCUACAUAUUGGAAUCGCAGCAUUUCUUGACAACAGACACUUCAAAAAGUGUAUCAUAUGAGAGCUUUCUCUUUCUCAUAUUAUAUUACGUUAUAGUAAUGGUAUUAAUAGUGUGGGCCUGCGAGACAGGCAAAAAUGAAGCCUUGCAAAUCAACACUUCCAUUCACGAUGUGUUCAACAGCACCACCGAUAAGCAAAUGAAAAAUGAGUUACAACUGUUUUCUUUGCAAGUAUUUCAUUGCAAUAAUACAUUUGACGCGAAAAGUCUUACUCUGGAUACAAAGCUUCUGACUAAAAUGGUAGGCAGCAUCGCCACGUACGUAAUAAUAUUAUUUCAAUUCGUGCAUAUGUCUUACUUUUGUGAAGAAAAAGCGGCAAAUAAUAUAACGAAAAUCUAACACCUGAUCUAAUAAAACAAAUGUAUUAAA